AUGGCUAGCACUGUAGGAAAGACUAUCACUUGCAAGGCUGCUGUCGCCUGGGCUGCUGGCGAGCCCUUGUCGAUUGAGGAUGUCGAGGUUCUUCCCCCUAGGGCCAAUGAGGUGCGCAUUGAGAUUCACCACACUGGUGUCUGUCACACUGAUGCCUACACACUCUCUGGCAAGGAUCCUGAGGGUGCCUUCCCUGUCGUUCUGGGUCAUGAGGGUGCCGGUAUCGUCGAGUCUGUCGGUGAAGGUGUGACCUCCGUCAAGCCUGGCGACUACGUGGUCGCUCUUUACACCCCCGAAUGCCGUGAGUGCAAGUUCUGCAAAUCUGGCAAGACCAACCUGUGCGGUAAAAUCCGUGCCACCCAGGGUCGUGGCGUUAUGCCCGAUGGUACUUCGCGCUUCAAGGCCCGUGGCAAGGACCUGCUCCACUUCAUGGGUACCUCCACCUUCUCUCAGUAUACUGUUGUCGCCGAUAUCUCCGUUGUCGCCGUCACCCCCAAGAUCCCCACCGACCGCUCCUGCUUGCUGGGCUGUGGUAUCACUACCGGCUACGGUGCCGCCGUCGUGACUGCAAAGGUGGAGGAAGGUUCCAACGUUGCCAUUUUCGGUGCUGGCUGCGUGGGUCUAUCAGUGAUGCAGGGUGCCGUUAAGAACAAGGCUGCCAUGAUCAUUGCUGUGGACGUAAACGAUGACAAGGAGGAGUGGUCCCGCAAGUUUGGCGCCACUCACUUCGUCAACCCCACCAAGCUUUCUGGCAAGAGCAUCCAAGAGCACCUGAUUGAGAUUACUGAUGGUGGCUGUGACUAUACCUUUGAUUGCACAGGUAACGUUGGUGUCAUGCGCGCUGCUCUCGAGGCCUGCCACAAGGGCUGGGGUGAGAGUAUUGUCAUCGGCGUGGCUGCCGCUGGCCAAGAGAUUUCCACUCGACCAUUCCAACUGGUCACUGGCCGUGUAUGGAAGGGAUGUGCCUUCGGUGGUAUUAAGGGUCGCACCCAAUUGCCUGGUUUGAUUGAUGACUACCUGAACGGCGAGUUGAAGGUGGAUGAAUUCAUCACCCACCGGGAGCCCCUGGACAAAAUUAACACUGCCUUUGAGCAGAUGAAGCAAGGUGACUGCAUUCGUUGCGUCGUGGAUAUGAAAUAG